AUGGAGGAUGCAGAAGUUAGAGCAGAUGAAGCUGUCAUCAUCAAGAGUGUAUCAAGGGCUAGGAAUCCUUCUUGGAGUGCAAGUCAAGAUGGAAGGCCCGGAUUGAUGAAGUUUGGUGUAAAAGGAAGACACAGAGUGGACCACAGACUCUGGAAGAUUAUCCUGGAGGGUCCUCAAUUUCCAACCACCACAAGUGCUGAAGGAGUAGUCUCUCUUAAACCCGAAGCUAGCUGGACCGAAGAAGACAAAAAGAAGGUGGAACUCAAUGCCAAGGCUGUCAACUUGCUCAACUGUGUUAUCAGUUUCGAGGAAUACCGACGGGUAUCACGAUGCACAACGGCAAAAAGAAUCAGGGACAAACUUCAAAUCACUCAUGUAGGAACCACUCUAGUGAAGAAGACCAGGAUAGACAUGCUAAACAAAGUAUAUGAAAUGUUCUCAAUGAAGGAAGCAGAAUUAAUAGAUGAAAUGUUUGAAAGAUUCAACAUCAUCAUUAUUGGCUUGGAUGCUAUGAAAAUUACGUAUCCUGAUUCUGUGCUUGUGAGGAGAGUUUUGAGAUGUCUUACAAAAGAGUAA